AUGUUGACAGGGGAAUUCACACCGCUUGAACUUGCCCAAGAGGCCUUUCCAACCAUCAGCGAAGUCGCGCUCAAAUUAGCUGUCGAAACGAAGAAUCGUGGAUUCGGGAAACUCGGAAGUCUACUUUACAUUAUUAUCCUAAAAGAUGUCACAACACUAUCUAGCCGCCAGGCGACCGUUUUCGAGGCUAAGAUUGGGGCGUCACUCGAUAUACUUGAAAAGGCGUGUAUGUGGCCAAAGAACGCAGGAACAAAAGGUCAUACAACAUUAAAUGGAAUUGCAAUAGCUAAACGGAAAGGCCUCGUGAGGGCUUUAAAGAUGGCGAGUGUCGACGUACAUCGCGGACUCAAGGAUUUCUUCUCAAGAGGUCACGAAUUCGAAGCUUUAUUGACCGUCUUGGAGCAGACCCAGACAAUAAAGGAUCUUACAUCAGAAGAUAUGGGUCUGGCUUCUUCACCAGAUAGCAAGAAAGAUAACGUCCCCGGAUACCCUCAACACGUCAAUGAGGCUCUAUACGUUACGCUCGAUAUGCAUACCAUCUGUGGAUGUUCCCCUCAACAUCUAAAAUCCGCAAGAUUGAGGCUAGAUUCUAUAGAGGAGCAUGAAGGGUCACAGAUUCCAUUUGAAGUCCUUUUCCCUGCUUCUCCGGCUCUCACCCGUGGCACCCCAGACUGCGAAAUAUGGCACGAAACGAUGUUAAUGGUAUCAAGAAAUCGGCCUCAGAAAAAGAAGGGGCAGAAACCCAAAAGGGCACCUGUGCAAGUUGAAGGCACAGAGCUGUCUCUUGGGGAAUUUUGCCGUCAUCUUGGGGCAAAGAUCGGCUAUUGCAUCCGUUUCAACCUUGUUUUCGAAAGCGCCGACCCUGUAUUAAGGACUUGCGAUCUUACGGGCCGCCCCACUAGGAAUGUCAAGCUUGUUCAGAGCCUUUCUCUGACAAAUGUUUUAUACAAAAUCGGGAACAAAAUGACGACAAAGGAAAGGUUCUACCUAGCGUAUGUCCUCGCAAAGUCGGUAUGGCAGUACUACGGCUCAGAUUGGAUGAGACAACCCUGGACCCACGAUGACAUCCAAUUUUUGGAAGAGCAGCAGUCGGCGGACAAGUCUAAAAAAAUCGCUUCUUACAAUCCGUACUAUCAUCCGAAAUUCAACGAUGAGAAAUCAGAAAACCCAGAGUAUUGUCCAGACGGAAUUCUACUUCAUCGAUACCCAAACAUCCUCGCCCUUGCAAUUCUGCUCAUUGAAAUCAUUCAAGGCCGGCCUUAUGACGAACAGAACCAUGAACCCUAUGGGUUUGCAAAAAUAAAAGAGUACUACAAGUAUGCAUGGAAUCUUACUCUCGGAGCAGCUCUAGAUUGCAAUGUCAUCUAUAAAGAGGUGAUCAAAAAGUGCUUAGAUGGGAAACUUUUCAAAGAAGCACCCUUCGAUGAGGACAAUCCAAACGAUGGGAUUAAUAUGCGACGGGACAUCAUCUACAGAGAAAUUGUUUUCCCACUGAAACAUCUCCUAAAGCUUUCCGGUUCUUCAAGUAGCGAAGAAACAAUGCUUCAGGUCGUCGACGAUGGCCCCGAGAUCAAGGCACACCCGUAUCAAAAAGACUACAAUAUCACAUGCCAAAGUGACUCUAGUCGCCGUUCUUCUUUUGAAUAUUCAACCUCCCGAGUUGAAAUGAGUCCGCCAGCGAGGCCAAACAUUACAAUGUCUCUUGCAGACGAAGAUACACUUAGCGAACGUACCUGGCCAAAUAUCACUCCAGAAACACGCUCUCACACACCAGAUUCCUGCAUAUCCGAAGCCCGAAGCUCUUGGUCUAUCGAAAGGCCUGAAAGUCGCGAUGAUUUUGAGAUUGCAAUAAUAUGUGCCGUUAAGCCCGAAUAUGAUGCAGUCGCCCUUCUCAUUGACGAGUUUUGGGAUGACGACGGCGAUGGAUAUGGAAGGGCACCAGAAGAUCAGAACACUUACAGAACUGGAAGAAUUGGUAGAUAUAAUGUGGUCCUUGCACUUCUACCAGGCAUGGGGAAGGCAAACGCGGCCAACGUUGCCUCCGGUUUCCGAUCCAGUUUUCGUGGCAUUGAAAUAGCUCUCAUUGUUGGAAUCUGCGGAGGUGUGCCCUUCUACAAUGGCCAGGAAAUAAUCCUCGGAGAUGUUAUCAUAAGUGGAUCCAUUGUACAAUACGACUUUGGAAGACGUUACACCAAUAAGUUUCAACGCAAGAAUAACUUCAGUGAAUCCCUCGGAAGAGCAAAUACCGAUGUCCGUGGUCUGCUAGCGGCAUUGAGUACGAACGACGGGUCGGAGAUCCUGGAACGACGGACUUUACAUCAUCUAGAAGAGCUCCAGAGAAGAGCUCAGAGGCGCCGGAAACUUCGAGGUAAAUACGACUAUCCAGGGGCAGACAAGGAUAAGCUUUUCGAAUCCUCGUACCGACAUAAGCACCAUACUUCUUUUAACUGCGAUACCUGCAAUCAUUGCAAUGUAGAUUCAGACGACACCUGCGACAGGGCCAUGACGGGUGCUGCAUGCAGCGAGCUGCUUUGCGAUGAGAAGCACCUUGUGCACCGAAGAAGGUUAGAUGAGAAGCUUCAAUCCACAGAACUAGCAGGCGAAAUACAGCAACCGUACGUGCAUAUUGGGACUGUAGGAUCUGGUGAUACAGUCAUGCGUUCCAGCCAAGAACGCGACAGGAUUUCGAAGGAAGAUAACAUUAUUGCUUUUGAAAUGGAAGGCGCAGGUGUAUGGGACAACUUAUCCUGUAUCAUUAUCAAGGGAGUCUGUGACUAUUGUGAUAGUCAUAAGAGCAAAAAUUGGCAAGAUUUUGCCUCCGCUACCGCAGCGUCCGCCAUGAAGGCACUGCUGGAGAGAUACGGCCGAAGGGAUAGGUCCCCGCGCCCUUGGGACAGGCGCGCCUAUGGACGCUGA